GCAACCCACUAACCUCCCUUCCCCGCCCCCCUCUCCUCCCCACCUUCUUCGCUUGGUGUGUUGCUGUCCACCCUCCACGAUUAGUUUGCGCUUCACUCGCGACCUGUGUUAUCUUGUCGCCAUUCAUCGUGUCGUUGUUGCGUAAAGCCUCUACUCUCUCUGUCGGCGCCAUUUUAGCGGCGUAAAGUCUAUCUUCGAACUAGGAGUCCUCUAUUAGUAGUGGAGCACUUUUUAGUAGUGGGUUACGUUGCAGUCGUUAGUCUCGUCGAAUCCAGCUUGCCAUUCAAGCACCUCAACUUAAGCGCCGUCCGCCGUGGCAUGGGCAACGGCUCCAGCAGCCACGGUAAGCACCACGACCACCGCCGCCCCGACAGCCGCUACGCCUCCUACUCCGGCCCCGCCAGCCCCGCGUAUUCCGGCCCCGCCAGCCCCGGCGCCGCGUGCCAGCGCCACAGCGAACCCCCCGCGACUGCGCGCAGCGAGGGGGGCAUCGGCGGCGGCGGCGGGUCAGUGAGCCGCAGCAGCUCGUUCGGGUACUCGCGCGCGCUGCAGCACAAGUACGGCAUCAUCCCCGACACCUUCCGCUCCAUCGCUCAGGUGCAGGAGAAGCUGCGCGAGGUGGGGCUGGAGUCGAGCAACCUCAUAGUGGCCGUCGACUUCACCAAGAGCAACGAGUGGACCGGCAAGCAGAGCUUUGGAGGCCGCUCCCUGCAUGCCAUAGCUCCAGGAGUGGCGAACCCAUACGAGCAGGCCAUCGACAUCAUCGGGCAGACGCUCUCCGCCUUCGACGAGGACAACCUCAUCCCCUGCUACGGCUUCGGCGAUGUGACGACGCACGACAGCGGGGUGUUUGCGUUCAAUGAGGGCCAGCGGCCGUGCAACGGCUUUGAGGAGGCGCUGCAGCGCUACCGCGCCAUCGCCCCGCACGUGCAGCUCUCAGGUCCCACGUCGUUCGCCCCGGCGAUAGAGGCGGCGGUGCGGGCGGUGGAGGAGAGCGGGGGGCAGUACCACGUGCUGCUCAUCAUCGCUGAUGGCCAGGUCACUCGCAGUGUGGACACACCGCCAGGCGUGUUCAGCAAACAGGAGCAAGACACCGUUGAUGCCAUUGUCGCUGCCAGCAACUACGCGCUGUCGAUCGUGAUGGUAGGCGUGGGCGACGGGCCGUGGGACAUGAUGGAGGAGUUUGACGACGCGCUGCCGCAGCGCAACUUCGACAACUUCCAGUUUGUCAACUUCACGCGAGUCAUGGCAUCAUCGCGCGCACCGGAGCAGCGGGCGGCACUGUUUGCGCUGUCGGCGCUGAUGGAGGUGCCUCUGCAGUACCGCGCGUGCACCGAGAUGGGGCUGCUGGGCCGCACCAUGGGCCGUAUGCCUCCGUCAGUGCCCAAGGAGCCGCCCCCCCGCGUGCGCGCAGCAGACGCUGCAGCUGCUAGAGCUGCUUCCCUAGCUGCUGCCACCAUGCCCCCCCACCUCAACCCUGACUCCGCUCCUAACCCCUUCGGAGACCCCUUGGGCACCCCUUCUGCGUACACCUAUGGUGCUGGCAGCACUGCUGCUGCUGCUGACGCUGCACCUGCCUCUGGUGGUGCGGGUGCAGGGGGGUCGGAGUGUCCAGUAUGCCUCCUGUACCCCAAGAACACGGCCUUCCAGUGCGGCCACCAGACCUGUGAGGAGUGCAGCCGUCAGAUGAGCAACUGCCCCAUCUGCCGUGCACCCGUGACCAUGCGCAUCAAGCUGUACAGUUAGAUGACUGCCUAUUGUACCCUCACUCUGUAGAUUGGAUCAUCUGUUAGUUCCUACCCAGGCGCCGAGGCUGCCAGGUGUUAGCUUUGCUUAGCUCUUGUUUUCGCAACAUCCUUCUGUGCCCCUUUAGUAAGAAUGCACUUUCCAGCAAGGAUGCAUCAUUUCUGAGCAAAAUGAUGCGAUCAUUCUC